AUGGGUGUAAAUAAUGUUGUGAGAAGGACCAAAGAAAUUCAAAGCCACCGUGGGAGGACAACACCAUGUGCCUAUUGGUUAGCUGGGAGAUGCAACAGAAACCCAUGCAAAUUUUUGCACACAUCACCACCCCAUACUACCUAUCAUUAUGCCAAUAAUCCCUACACAUACACAAGGAAACCCCAUUCUUCCUCUCACUCUAACUCAAAGACAGCGCUCACAAAAAAUAAUAGAGAUGAGACAAAGCCUAAUCACAAAUCAUCAUUGCCAAAUCCAAGCAUAUGUAAAUAUUGGGUAAAUGACAAUUGCACCUAUGGUCAAAAAUGUCGCAAUUUGCAUUCAUGGUUUCUAGGUGAUCGCCUUUCCUCCCUCACAAAACUUCAAGAUCACAAGAAGGUUAUCACUGGAAUUGCACUUCCGGUUGGAUCCGACAAACUUUACUCUGGAAGUACUGAUGGAACAGUCCGGAUAUGGGACUAUCAUACUGGUGUAUGUACUAAUGUGAUAAACUUUGGCGUCAAAAUCACUUCUUUGAUCAGAGAGGGAUCAUGGGUUUUUGUUGGUAUACUGAAUGCUAUCAAGGCUUGUAACAUUCAAACUUUAUCAGAGUUUACUCUUGAUGGACCUAAAGGCCAAGUCCUUUCCAUGAUUGUUGGCAAUGACACACUUUUUGCUGCAGCGGAGGAUGGUGUCAUUUAUGCAUGGAGAGACAAUUCUGAAUCCUCCGUUGAAUUGGUCGCAAGACUAACUGGCCACUCUAAAGCUGUGGUUUGUCUUACUGUUGGACGGAAGAGACUGUACUCGGGUUCCAUGGAUCAAAGCAUUAAGGUUUGGAACAUAUAUACAUUUGAGUGUGAAAUGACACUCAACGGGCAUACCGAUGUAGUCACAUCUCUUAUAUGUUGGGACCAUCAUUUGUUAUCAAGUUCACUUGACUGCACAAUUAAGGUCUGGUCCGCUACUGGGGAGAAAACUUUACAAGACAUAUACAUGCUAGAAGAGACAUACACACACACUUUGGAAAAUGGUGUUGUUGCACUUUCCGGGAUGACUGAUGCAGAAGCCAAUCAUAUACUGUUUUGCUCAUGCAAAGACAAUUCAGUUCGCUUGUAUGAACUGCCAUCAUUUUUAGAGAGGGGUCGUUUGUUUAGUAAGAAAGAGGUUGCAAGUUUUGAGUUAGGUCCUGAUGGACUCUUUUUCACGGGAGACGGGACUGGUUUGCUGACAGUAUGGAAAUGGUUGGAUGUCAAGGUGGCAUCGGUUCAACAUCUUGCUUAGUCCAGCAGUCUAGCUAACAUGAGAGAUUGUCGAUGCUGUCUCGGUACAAAGGUUUAUCCAUGAACUUGAUUUCUUGCUGUGAAAAUAAAAAAUUAAAAAUUGAAUCCUAAUUAAGUUAAUGGUAUCUAGGGGCUAAAAAUAUUUAAAACCUCUUGUUGGGACUCUUCACACACUACACAGUUGAGUCUUGAUAUGAAAGUACUUGGUAAAGAUUUUUGGUUCAAUUAAAAUCCAUGUUAAACCUUGGGUUCUCUUGGUGACACUCACUGCACCUAGUUACUGGAGAAAUGUUUAUUUUAGGAAGCGUACAAUAAUAAAAAAAUCUAUAAUUGGCUAAGCACCCCUUUGAGGCCAUAGGUUAUUAGAGUAAUUUUAGUAUCCUAUAAAAAAGCUACUGGGGAAAUGUUUAGUCACUAAAGCUCCUAAAUAGCACUCCUUUGAGACUUUGUGUGGUAAGUGCAAAGCAUCUGAGUGGAAGACCCACGCAUGGUUGGCAGGUAAGUGCCUUCUGAGCUGAGAACCCGAGAAAAACAUGGAAAUAAAAUUGAUCUAAUUUUCUGACCCAAUGCUUAAUAGAUUGACCAACAAACCUCCGCACUAGAGAACCUUUAAGAUGGUUAUGUUAACUUAAAGGCCCCUAGACUCUCUUGACUAACUUUGGAUUCAAAUGUUUAAAAUCUAAAUUUAACACAACAAGAUUUUGAUUUUUGGAAAAACCUUUCACCUUGAUCAGUGUUGAUUUAUCUCUCUAUUGCUUGAUGGCUAGCAAGGUUGUUGCUUUGCCUUGUGUAUUAUCACAAUCUUGGGAAAACUUAAGUUGGGUUAAUGGUGGCUUGCAUAAAAAGGAUUUUUUACCUUUCAUAAAAAUGGUGGCUAGCAAGGUUUUGGAAAAACCUUUCACCUUGAUCAGUGCAUUGAUUUAUGAUCUCUCUAUUGUUUGAUGGCUAGUAAGGUUGUUCCUUUGCCUUGUGUGUUAUCACAAUCUUGGAAAAACUUAAGUUGGGCUAAUAUUGGUGGCUUGUGUAAAAAGGAUUUUGUAUCAUCAUAAAAAGAUAGUGGAACUUGAUGGAUUGAUCA